AUGGGCCGCUUCACACAAGGUCACUACGACGAUAUCUUCUUCAAUAAGAUCAAGCAGGCUUGUCUCCACGUUCUCGACCAGCUCAACGAAGCUAACGAGAUCAAUCAGGCUUUUGACCUCUGCCCCUCCAUUUCUCGCCGCAAUCGUGUUAUUCUCUCCUUCCUCCGCGAUGCCGACCAUGUUCGGACCAACGAUGCGGCUUCGGCCUCCACUUCGCCCCCGCUUCCGAAUCGACAUCCAACUGGCUCCAUGCGCGCCUCGCGCGAGCCCUCGCUUGGUACUGACAGCGUAGCGAGCCUAUCCGCCCAGCGUCGCAGACGCGCACGCGAGAUGCAGUAUGUUCGCGAUCCCAACGACUCGAACGAUGACUCGGAUUCACAGGCUACCAUCGGUCCAUCCUCCUUCAGCCGCACUCACCUCGACUCAGCUCCGGAGCGCACCCCUUCCAUGUCUCAGCCAGACUACACGUUCGAGCAGUUUGCACAGGACCUCGACCCCAACGACAAGCUCCUCAAGCGCAGCCUCGAAAUCAUAAUCAAGGAAACAGCCCGCCAGGCCCUAGCACGCAAGCGCGAUCCUACCUUCGACGCUGCCACAGCUUCUGCGUCGUCGUCGUCUCGUGACCCUGCUGCCUCGCUCCGAUCUGCCAUCGCCUCGUCCCAUGCGGACCGAACGCCCGCUCAUCCUCGUUCGCGAGACGAUGCCGCUUUUGCCCGCCGCAUGUCGCGUGUCCUUAACGCGGAUUCAGCAUCAACCUCUCGCGCCGCCAAUUUAUCCUCAGCCGAUCUCAACCAUGCUUACCGGCACCUUGGCACUCUUCGGCCGCCUCCUCGUUCUUCGGACACAUCUUCUCUCACCUAUCCUUCGGGCGACGCUACAUGGAUCAGCACCACAGUGCUUGAUUUCUCUACCGGCGUUCCGAUACGGGUCGCGACGCUGACCAAGACGUCUCGCUGA